AUGUCCCUAUCCUGGACCAAUGAGCCCCCCAAGGGAAGAGUUCCUUAUGCGAUUCCCCAGCUGGAAGGCGAGCGCAUCACCAUUCCCGGCAGCAAGGGCUCCUUUCGCAUCCUGGCCUCGUCGCUGCAAACCAAUGGCUUGAUGUCGGUCUUCCAGAGUGGCGCUGUUCUCUCGGAUGCACCUGGAUUCCACUACCAUAACCAUGCACAUGAUGUCUUCUUGGUAACCAAGGGGUUCCUGAAGCUAUGGAAUGGCGACAAGUGCCGCAUCAUGGGGCCCGGAGACUUCGCUUAUGUGCCUCCUACCGUGAUCCAUAACCCAGAGAUGAUGGGCCCACACACCGAGACCUACGGAGUGGUCACACCCGGCGACUGGGUCGACUUCUUCCGAUAUGUUUCCGAGCGCUACGACGGAGUGCUGGUGCCGGAGCACGACGACCGCGAUCUCAAGUCCAUCCUGAUCCCGAAGGUGAUGGCUGCGAAGGAACAAUUCGACGUGGUGUUCCAGCCCCACUACCAGCCUCCGGAGCUCGGAGAAUGGACGAAGGAUGAGGAGGUACUGCCCGAAAGCCCCCAGGGCUACUUCCUUCGGGCCAACACGGGGCCGAAAUGGAUGUUUGGCGGGGUGAUGUCUCGACCGUUCGUCACCACUGCUCAGAGCAGCGGGGUCUGUGCUAUCUCCAGUAUCGAAUCCUCGAAAGUCUACGGUGAUACCAUUUUGUCCAAGUACAUGACCUUCAAAUCGGUGGAUCACUGUCUGUGCGUGCAGGAGGGCACGCUGAUCGUCAGCCUCGAGGGGCAGUCCGACACCGAGUUCCGCGAAGGGGAGACGGCCGUGAUUCCUGCUGGACAGGCAUUCGCGUUGAAGUUUGCCAGUCGCUUCGUGCGUGUCUGGUCGUUCACGGAUGGCGACGGUAUCGAGACAUUGAUCCACCGGGUCGGCCAACGAUAUGAAGGCGCGGUGCUACCAGACGAGGUGCGCGAAUGGGACGCGGCGGACGUCAAGUCGGUGGUGGCUGACCUGAACAUGGAAAUUGCACUAUGGAUGAUGCAACCUGAGGCUCGCCCAUCUCCCGCACCACCGGCUGCCGGGGAUGAGAAUCUCCCUCUGCCCCGGGCAAAGCGACCCCGCGCAGCCCAGGCCUGUGAGAGGUGUAGAUCUAAGAAGUACAAGUGCGAUGAACAGGGAACUACCGACAGAGGGAGAGUAGCCGGUCUGCCAGGGCGGAUCAGCUAUGUCGCAGAUCUAGAGCGAAAGGUGGACGAGCUCACAACCAAGCUACGCUUGGCCGAGUCGGAAAUCACCUCGCAGCUACCUCAGAGAGUGAUUCCAACGACCUUCGCAAGUCCCGGAACGGCCCAACAACCGGUGGUGCCCCACGCUGCCAUCGAUGCAACUCCCGUAUCCCUGCCGCGCAACGAGUCCACUCCGCGGGAAGAAGCGCCGGCCCUCUACGAUCACCACGACGAGGCCGGAGACUCGGUCGGGGAUGAAAUCAGCGAACUGAAUCACCACACCAACGGCAUCGAGUUCCACGGUAGCACCUCGUCGGCGGCCCUGCUCGGACACCUGCAGAAGGCGCGGGAGCCACAGCGACGCCUCGAGGAGCAGCAGCGGCAGCAGCAGCAGCAGCAGCAGAAUCAGCAGCAUUCCCGCGCUGAAAAGCCUGCCGCUGGGUACUCGAUCGUAUCGACGCUGCACAACCCAAGCUUCUCACCCUCGUGUACGGCGGGCCCGGCACAGCCGGUGGUGAUGCAGGAGCAGAACUAUUACUUCGAGCAGGCGCAUGCGUUCAUCAAUGGCUACUUUGAGAAUAUCCAUUUCAUCCACCCGCUCAUCGAUAAGGAGGACUUCCUGCAGCGAGCGCAUAAUCUGUGGUUCAACCGGAAUGUGCAGCCGGAACCCAGCUUUGUGGCUCUGUAUUUGAGCAUUCUUUCCUUUGGGGCCUUGGUGAGGGUGUGGGAUGAGGAGAGGCUCGGUGGGUUGACGAGGUUCGAGUGGAGCCGGAAACUGUUUGGCGAGGCCCAGAUGUAUCUGAAUUACCUGCAUUUCUCGAAUACGCUGGACACAGUGCAGUGUCUGUAUCUUAUGGCGAAAAUUUGUCAGAAUGAACUGAACCCGAACAUGGCCUAUAUGUAUCUGGGGCUCGCCGUGCGUACGUGCCUGGCUGCUGGCUUCAAUCGGGAGGUGCGGAGCACAGACGACCAUCGCGCUGGAUGGAUUUCGAAGACCUGGUGGGGCCUCUUUUCCUUGGAAAUUGAGAUGAGCUUCUCAGUCGGUCGUCCAGACACCUUAGGCAUGGACGAAUACCACAAUCGAGCUCUACCGGAAAGAGACGACUCUGAAUAUGCCAUCAUUCCUUGGAUGGUCGACUUCGCGCAGAUCAUUCGCCGAGUUUCCGUGCAGAUAUACCACUCACGAAUCACAUUACAAGAGAAGCUACACUUAGGUCUCCAGAUUGAGACUGAGCUCGACCGCUGGAUGGCGCGCUUACCGGACCGUCUCAAGCCCGACAUGAUGGAACGGGCAACCGGGGGUGCCUUGAGAGACCCUAAGUGGGCGCGUCGACAACGACUAGUCCUGGGCUACUUCAAUGUCAAAAUGCUUUUGUUCCGCCCCUUCCUGAGCCACUUCACCCGCAAACUCCGCCACCCGCCCAUGGAACUUGAACAGACUAUCGCCAAGUGCCUCGAUGCAGCCAUGAAAACCAUUGAGGUGAUCUACGAUAUUUACCGCAUCCAUGAGUUCUUCCGGUGUUGGUGGUACAACACAACGUAUGUCAUGUUCGCGACUUCCACUCUCCUUCUCCCCAUGUCCAAACUGGGUCCUUGCCCGGAAACCGUCCCGCUCCAGCGGUCCGUGGAGAUGGGCGUCGAGAUCCUUGAGGCGAUGGACGAGUCCAUCGUCGCCCGCAAGUCCGUCGAGAUCAUCAAACACUAUCUCCGGGAAUUCCGGUCAUUGCCAUCGUCCACUUCGUCGCUGUCACAUCUGCACCAGCAGCACCUUCAUCAGCACCAGCUCAAUCAGCAGAGUCUGGCAUCUUCGACGAGUAGUCAUGAUGGCGGUGGCAGCGGUGGUGGUGGUGGCAUAGCGAGGCUAUUUGACGAUCUAGGCGGGCUGCCGAUGCUGGAUAAUUGA